AUGGAAUGCAAGACGGCCAAAGAAAUGUGGACUACUCUUCAAACACACCAUGAAGGAACCAGCCACAUAAAAGAAACAAGAAUUGACAUAGGAGUACGAAAGUUUGAACUGUUUGAAAUGAGUAACAGUGAAACUAUAGAUCAAAUGUAUGGAAGGUUUACAGUUAUCAUAAAUGAGCUAAACUCUCUUGGUAAAAAAUAUACCACACAUGAGAGAAUAAGAAAGCUACUAAGAUGUCUACCAGAAGAAUGGAGACACAUAGUAACUGCAAUAACUGUAGCAAAAGAUCUUAAGAAAAUGGAUCUUGAAGAUUUCAUUGGAUCUUUAAAAGCUCAUGAAGCAAUACUUCAAGAAAAGAAACCAGCAAAUAACAAAAUGAUUGCUCUAGAAUCACAAGUAAAAGAGAACCUUAAAAGAGAAAUAACAUGUGAUGAAGAGAAUCCUCUUCAACAAGAUGAUGAGGAAGAAAUGGCUUUUCUCUCAAGAAGAAUCCAAAGGCUGAUGAUGAGAAGAAAUCAAAUCAAAAAUUCAUUUCCACCAAGAAGAAAUGAAACUGAUUUAAGCCAAGUAAAGUGUUACGGAUGCAGUCAAACUGGACAUUACAAAAAUGAAUGUCCAAAGCUGAAGCAAAGAAAACCUCCCUACAACAAAUCCAUGAUGGCUACAUGGGACGAUCUAGAAGAAUUACCAGAAGAAGAAGAAACAAAUGUCUGCCUAAUGACCAGAACCAACUUUGAUGAGGUAAAUCUUGAACCUUGUUCAUCAUGCAUGAAAACUGAACAACUAUUUGAUAAUCUCUUGUAUGAUUCACAAAUUACUGCUCAAAAGUAUGAUCAACUUAAAAAUGAACUCACUGAAAUUAUUAAAGAAAGAGAUGAGUAUAAAUUUGAACUUACUAAAGUCAUCAAAGAAAAAGAUGAGUAUGAAACUAAAAAUAAAACCUUAGAAGACACUUUAAAAAGAGUUCAAAAUGAUCUAGAUAAAGUAUCUAAGUUAAGUAAAGAAGAAAUUAUUGUUCAACAAGAAAACUUAGGACUAAAACAGAAUAUUUCACUUUUAGAAAAAGACAUAGCCAAAUAUGUAAAAGCAACUGAAACCUUUGAAAACAUCCUAGGUGUUCAACAAAGAGAAUGUAUGCUAGCAGUCAAGAAAAAGCCAUGGUACUUGGACAGUGGCUGCUCAAGGCACAUGACUGGAGACAGACACAGCUUCCUUUCCUUUGAAGAAAAGGAAGGAGGAACCGUUACCUUUGGAAAUAAUGAAAAAGCUAGCAUCAAAGGUAAAGGUAUAAUAGGUAAAAUUAAUUCUGCUAAAUUAGAAAAUGUUCAUUAUGUAGAAGGUCUAGAACAUAACUUAAUAAGUAUUAGCCAAUUGUGUGAUAGUGGUCUUGAAGUCAUUUUUAAAACUCAUACAUGUGAAAUUAAACAAAUAUCUUCUGGAAAAACACUUUUUAAUGGAUUAAGAAAAAAGAAUGUGUAUGUCAUAUAUCUAGAUGAACUGCCUGUUGAAUCAUGUUUUGUAUCUCUUGAAAAGGAUAAAUGGAUUUGGCAUAAAAGGGCAGGACAUGUAAAUAUGAGGACAAUUGCAAAACUUUCUCAACUUGAUCUAGUAAGAGGAUUACCAAAGAUAAGUUUUGACAAAGAUAAACUAUGUGAAAGUUGUACAAAGGGAAAACAAGCUAAAAGCAGUUUUAAACCAAAAGACUUUAUUUCAACUAAAAAACCUCUUGAGCUACUUCACAUAGAUUUGUUUGGACUUGUCAAAACUACCAGUCUAGGUGGUAAAAACUAUGAAAGCAUGCAUGUAAAAUUUGAUGAAUAUGAUGAUAUAUCAUGUGUAAGAGAAAUAGAUGAUGAAGAUGAGCAAAGCUCAUCAAAAGAACAGGUUGCAGAACAGGAAUCACCACCUCAAGAACCUCCUAAAACGUGGAAGAUUAUAAACAAUCAUCCUCAAGAACAAAUAAUAGGCGAUACUGCAGAAGGUGUAAGAACCAGAAGAUCAUUUCAACUUAAUGAGAACAAUCUAGCUAUGAUCUCUCAAAUUGAGCCAAAAUCCAUAGAUGAAGCUAUCAUUGAUGAAUCAUGGAAAAUUGCUAUGAAAGAAGAACUUUCACAAUUUGAAAAGAAUGAAGUAUGGAAGCUAGUACCAGCUCAUGCAGAUCAUUCUAUCAUUGGAACUAGAUGGGUCUUCAGAAAUAAAAUGGAUGAAAAUGGUAAGGUAAUUCGCAACAAAGCAAGACUUGUUGCUCAAGGUUAUAAUCAACAAGAAGGUAUAGAUUUUGAUGAGACUUUUGCACCAGUAGCAAGGUUAGAAGCAAUUAGAAUAUUACUUGCAUAUGCAUCUCAUUAG